AUGUUACUUCGCAAGCGCGCGCCGCAGAUCAAUGAGACAAUCGGAGAGCCCGACGGCGUGGAGAAUUGCCCGCUGGCGGCUACCAAAGCCCUUUCCCACGACAUUAUCAACCAGCCCAUUGCGUGCAACUCGGAAACCAUGUUGAGGGCCCUCAGCGACCAGCUCGGAGUUCACCCCCAGACCGUUUCACCAUGGGAGUCGAAGCCUUCGAUGUCCAUGAGUUCUUCAUGGAUAUUGGCCGGGGCCCGGCGCUUCGCGGCCGCCCCUGCGGGCGCGCCAGAGCGCGAAGGGCGGCUGAACAUCCAGGGCUUCGCUGCGUCAAGCGCGGCGCUGACCACUCGGGCAAGGGGCGCCGAGUGCGCGGCGGCCACGGAGCAGGGAUUAGAGUGGGUCGUGGCACGGCACCAUGUCGACAAGGCUUGCCAAGGAGGCGAGGGCGCGAAGUUCCCCGGCGACUUGGGCGCCCACUCGAAGUCCUGGGCCCCCCGAGGCGACGUGCCUGGGACACUUUUCAAGGCCUUCUCCCAGGCCGAGCUCGCGCAGGGGAGCGCGCGGCGCGGCUCCUUCAGUCGGCCGAUGCUGCGACCAUCGGCGCAAACAAAGUUCGCGUGCUUGGAGGCAGUGGAGUUCAUCAGGGCGGCGAAGGCCCACCUCGCCAAGGUCGAUCUCCCAGCCGCCGUGAAGACGCGGCUUCUCGGGGAGACGCAGGCGCGCUUCGCCGCGCACAUCCACCAGAAGAAGUGCCGCGGGAGGAGGGAGUUCGAGUCCGCGCUGGAAAUCGCGGGCACCUUCCCUGCGGAAGUUGUCAAGCUCGCCCCAGUGGCCAGCCGACUCGCGCUGCCUUGGGCUGCAGCGGGGGCUAAACCAGAGCAGGCGCGUUCGCGGCCCGCGCGCGGGCGCAGCGGCGGCCUCGUGGAGUUCGCCCAGACGGGGGUUGGGGCCGCGACGGCGGCGGACGGCGUCGCGGCUGGGGCCUUGAUGUCCAGGGUGGGCGCUGCGGAGACGACCUGCGAGAUCCCGGAGAUCAAGGGCGAAGUGCGCUUCCUGGCGCAGCUGCGUG